CAAAUAUUCUGGGUGGGUGACCCGAACUCUACCGGGUGAGAGACGAGACUUCCAUCGAAAAUUCGAAACAAUGAGACAUUAUCUACUAAACGAUCGAUCAGAAUGAAAUGAAUAUUUGAUCUGUAUAUAUCGAAAUCGAUCAUCCCCAAUAUUUAUUUGAGGGAGAAAAAAAAAUGGAGCCUCCAUCAUUCCAAGAAGCACCGCGCUGCGACGUCUGCAAAUGCAGCUUCAACGCUUUCCGGCGACGGCAUCAUUGCCGAUCCUGUGGGCGGACAUUGUGCCAUGAGCAUUCGGCAAGCCAAAUGGCUCUACCGCAGUUUGGCAUUUACUCACCGGCUAGAGUUUGUAGUGAUUGUUUUAACGGCUCCUCCCGACCCGCCAAAGGUGAUGUACAAGCUUCUUCAGAUGCAACUGAAUCUAUAACAGCUUCUGUUUCUACAUUGGAUAUUGGUGGUGGUGCAGAAUCAAAGGCUAAACCGACUAUACAGUCUCAGCCUGUGUCAGCAGUACUAGAGUGUAAGUGUGGAAUGCCCUUGUGUAUUUGUGAAGCUCCAGCCCCAUCUGUGGAUGCAGCCCCUAUACAGAUCAAAACCACACCCACUCCUCUCCCUCAGUCUCCAAAAGUAAAGAAAACAGAAACCGCUGUAAAAUCCAAACCUUCUACUUCAAACAGCAAGCAUGGUUCUGUGUUCAAUCUUGGUCAAGCGAACAAUGGAAUUCCUGAUAAGAAGAUAGAUUACGAAGUCAAUGGGGAGGGUAUGAGAGAAGCUAUAAAGAAUGGUGAUAUUGAUGCUGUGAAGAAGCUUCUGAGUGAGGGUGUUAAUGCUAAUUACCACGACAGGCAAGGGUUUUCUUUGCUACAUUUAGCAGCAGUCUUUAACCAAACUGAAAUAGCUUUUGCCCUCAUGGACUCUGGAGCAAGCCUGGACUACAAGAAUGCACAGGGAGAAACGCCACUGGAUUGUGCUCCUGUGACAUUGCAAUACAAGAUGCGACAGAAGAUCGAAGAAGAUAGAGUGUGAGAAUUGCGGCUUGCCCUGUGUCAUCCAAGAGAGUGAUUACAAACAUUUAAGCUACGUGUGCAUGUCGAUCAUUUGUUUCAACUGGAGAGUGUUUUUGACACUGUCUGUUGUAUGAUAAGCAUUGACAAAGGAAGCAGGCUGGAGUUUCUUACAUUACAAAGCAACAGAAAACGAAACUUUACUCCAUCCGAAUGAUCCGAUUGUGAAAGAAACCUCUUGUUAAAACUUCAUCUUAAAUCUGAUUGUAAUGGGCAAGUUGAAUAUAAGAUGUAAAAGUGGGAAAAGGGGAUCAGCAUCACCCUAUCCUGUACCUUUAUUCGAAUCUUGAAUAGAUUUUUGUAUUGAUGUUUGGUUAAAGAUGAAAGACUAUAUGAUCAUCAUCACCUUUAGUUGUCUAACUUUUGUGGCUGUCAGCAAUAAAGCAAGGGUCAGAAGU